GUUUCUCUCACUGAGUGGCAAAUUACUGGAACACUCAAUAUCAUCACUUUCUACCGAUAAACUCAAGACAAAAUUUGAUCUUCCUAGCAAUAAACCACAAGGAUUAAUAUGAGUCGAUUGACCCAUCCUCAUGAUUAAAAAAGAAUAUAUCAAAGUUUCGAACUAUAGAAAUCGACGAAAAAUGUACUAUCGUCGUGGGAGCUUUGCAAAUAAAAGUCCCUUUUAUUCCACUCGACUAUGUCAACCUCUUGAAAUUUUAAGUUAUUGGGUAUUGAACGGUUCUUGAAGAAGGUUUGAAACUGGUAUCAAUUUUCACUCAAAAUCAUUGUAUUUUGUCUGUUACAAAGAAGUCCCAACGGUCUUUUUUGUUGAUCACAAUGACGACUUUGUAUCCGUAAUCUACACACUUUAUAAUUUACAUUAUGGGAACAAAUCAAGUUCAACAAAUUCUUCCGGUCCAAUUUAAAAAGACAUGUAUCCCAAUAAUAUCAGGACAGUUAUUAUCUAUACUAAUUGGUUUAACUGCAAUAUGUAAUGGUGUACUUUCUAGAUAUAAUAUAAAUUUACCAUUAGCUAUAAAUUUUCCACAUUAUUUUCUAUUAUUUCUUUUCUAUGGAGUUCCUUAUUUUAGUUUUAAUCUAUACAAGAAAUUAUCUCAUUCUAAUAAUAGUACCAACAAUAGAAAUGAACCGAUUAGUAAUACUUUAAAUUACAAUACCGAUAAUAGAACCAUUACAAAUUAUAAUAGUAAUUCUAUUAUUGACAAUGAACAAAUUAUUAUUAUACCUAAUUCUGAGAGAAAUUUUAUUCGAACAUUAUUAAUUCGUUUCAGCUUUUAUUCAUUAAUUGCUUUUAUUGAUGUUCAUGCUAAUUGGUCCAUUGUAACUGCAUAUGCCUAUACAAGUGUAACUAGUAUUCAAUCAUUAGAUUGUAUCUCUAUACCAACAGUUGUAUUAUCAAGUUAUUUUUUCUUAUCAUAUCGUUAUGCAUGGAAUCAUUAUAUUGGAAUAAUUUCAUGUUUAAUUGGUGCUACUGGUAUGAUACUCACAGAUUAUUUUAUACAACCAUCAAAUCAGAAUAUUGUUCAUCAUAACACUACAAGUGAAAUCUAUUUGAAUCAAUUAUAUAAUAACACUGUAAACAAUCAGUUAUUUACUGCUGAACAAAUGAUAUUCGGUGAUUUCUUAGUUAUUAUUGGAGCUAUUUCAUAUGGAUUAUCAAAUGUUCUACAACAAUAUCUUGUACUAAAAUAUGGUAUCGUAGAAUUUCUUGGUUGUGUUGGUUUAAUAGCAUCAAUCAUAAUAUUAAUUUAUACUGUUUCACUUGAAAAACAUUCAAUCAGCAUGAUACUAUUUAAUGUUACGUCUAUGGAUUUAACAAAAGUUAUUGGUUGUUUCAUUGGUUAUGCUUUGUCAAUGUUUCUAUUAUAUUCUUUAAUGCCACUAGUUUUAAUGCGUUCAUCUGCUGUCCUAGUAAAUUUAUCAUUACUUACAUCCGAUGUUUAUGCUGUAUUGAUGGAUAUUUUUAUAUUUCAUCAUAGUUUUCAUUAUUUAUACAUUUUGUGUUUUCUAAUAAUUUUACUCGGCGUUGGUCUAUUCAAUGUAAAUCAACCAGUUAUUACUGAUAAAAAAAAUUGUCGAUCGAAUUGUUUCCGCUUGGAAACUAAGUUAUAA